CGGCAGUCGUAAAAGUGUCGCGAAGCUCGCUGCCGCCGCUCAGAGUCACCCAGCAGUCUGGAGUCGGCAGUCUUAUUCCUAGGGGUGCGCUUCGGGGGCUCAGGAUAAAUAUCAGCCAUAAACAGCUAUAAAACUAGUUAUAUUAUUCUCUCCAAAUAAAAGAAAGCCAAGAUCCAUGAGUGGGCAUCGGUCAGCAAGAAAAAAAUAUGGAGAGACUCACCCGGAGUCCUCUAUGGGCUUCGGGCAUAUGAGUACUCCAGGGUGUAUAUUAAAUAAAUUGUUUCAGUUACCUACACCACCACUGUCGAGACAUCAACUAAAGCGGCUGGAAGAACACAGAUACCAGAGUGCUGGACGGUCCCUACUUGAACCCUUAAUGCAAGGGUAUUGGGAAUGGCUAGUUGGCAGAGUUCCCUCCUGGAUUGCCCCAAAUCUUAUCACCAUCAUUGGAUUGUCGAUAAACAUCUGUACAACUGUUUUAUUAGUCUUCUACUGCCCCACAGCUACAGAGCAGGCACCUCUGUGGGCAUAUAUUGCUUGUGCGUGUGGCCUUUUCAUUUACCAGUCUUUGGAUGCUAUAGAUGGAAAGCAGGCAAGAAGGACCAAUAGUAGUUCUCCUUUGGGAGAACUUUUUGAUCAUGGUUGUGAUUCACUAUCAACAGUCUUUGUGGUUCUUGGAACAUGUAUUGCUGUACAACUGGGGACAAACCCUGAUUGGAUGUUUUUUUGUUGUUUUGCUGGGACUUUCAUGUUCUAUUGUGCACACUGGCAAACAUAUGUUUCUGGAACCUUGCGAUUUGGAAUACUUUCAAACUUCUCGUUUCUGCUGCCCUGUUUUUGCACCAGAAUUGAUGUGACUGAAGUGCAAAUCUUCAUAAUAAUCAUGCAUUUGCUGGCAGUGAUUGGAGGACCACCUUUUUGGCAAUCUAUGAUUCCAGUGCUGAAUAUUCAAAUGAAAAUUUUUCCUGCACUUUGUACAGUAGCGGGGACCAUAUUUUCCUGUACAAAUUACUUCCGUGUAAUCUUCACAGGUGGUGUGGGAAAAAAUGGAUCAACAAUAGCAGGAACAAGUGUCCUUUCUCCUUUCCUUCAUAUUGGAUCAGUGAUUACAUUAGCUGCAAUGAUCUAUAAAAAAUCAGCAGUUCAGCUUUUUGAAAAGCAUCCUUGUCUCUAUAUACUUACAUUUGGUUUUGUAUCUGCUAAAAUCACUAACAAACUUGUGGUUGCACACAUGACUAAAAGUGAAAUGCAUUUGCAUGACACAGCAUUUAUAGGCCCAGCACUUUUGUUUCUAGACCAGUAUUUUAACAGCUUUAUUGAUGAAUAUAUUGUACUUUGGAUUGCCCUGGUCUUUUCUUUCUUUGACUUGAUCCGCUACUGUGUCAGUGUCUGCAACCAGAUUGCUUCUCACCUGCACAUACAUGUCUUCAGAAUCAAAGUCUCUACAGGUCAUUCUAAUCAUCACUAAUGAUUAAGUGUCGGUGUCAUAUAGGAAACUCAUGUUUUCUACAGGAAAGAAUCUGAACAUAUUAAGAAGAAUGGGAUGGAUAAGAACAAAUAUAAUUUAUAAUAAUCAAUGUUGUAUAACUUUUCUUCUUUGUUAUUGGUAACACUCCUUUAACUAUCCUGUGUGAGAAUGGGAAUUUCAACUCCCAUCCUGUGUAUCGUACAUGUUUUUUGUACAGGGUUUGGUCCAAGAAAGCAUGCAGGAAAAUAGUCCACGUAUUUGUAAUUAUCCUGGAUUCAGAAGGAAAUUGUCAUGGGGAGCAGAUACGCAGUGGUGCAGAUUUCUGAUGUAGAAUAUUUGCAGGACAAAAGAUGGUUGCUUUCUAAUUUUAACAAAUUAUCAUCUUUUAGUGACAUCCUUAUUGCGUGUCUUCUCAAGCAUUCUUUACUAAGGAACUCAGCUGGGGCACAGAUACAUUCCCACUGGCUUGUGAGAUGAACUUGUGGUAAAGACCUUGAAUUUGGAUUGAAAGGUUUCCUAUCUUGACAUUGUUGAAGAAGUCAUUCAUUUUUUUAUUGCUCUGAAAAAUGGUCUCUAUGGGCUUGGGAAAUCCUGUUAGCAUGCAAAAUAAUGUGGUAAUUUUGUCAAUCCAUUUAUUUUUUUAAAUAAAUAUAUGAUCUGAAAGCCAGCUUUUUUUCUGUUUUAUUCAUUAUAAACUGAGUUAUAAUGUCAUUUUUUAAAAUUUAAGCAAAAUUUAUUUCUGUUCUUUAAUAAAUAAGGAGAUUCAGUCAGC